AAAAUCUAAAAAAAUCUAACUGUAAAUAGAAUAUGAACCCUAGAUCAUGAAUACUAGUCACCAAUCACCAUCGACGAAACCGCUGGUGCUGCCGAUUGUCUCUCCAUUUUUGUUAUCAGGUAAAUCCUCCUAUUUGUUUUGCAUCUUGUUGUCUGCUCCAGAGUAGGUAGGCUAGGGGGGCGGCAGGGCUGCGCCUUUUCAAUCAAUCUCCGGCCGGUGCGUGUAAAUCCUCCAGAUGAAUAAUUGAGGCGUAAACUACAGCAACAAAACUCGAAAUUUUCAUGAUUGUUUUUUUAAUAAGUUCUGAAUUCUGGUUAUCUGUCGAUCUUUGUGUGCGCUACCAAGAUAAAUUAUCAAACUUUUUGUGGUUUUGAAGAGAGUUAAAGCUAUCUUGUAGGGUGGAAUUGACGAAUGACUGGGUUUUACCAUAUUUGAGUAGCAGUUGUGCAGCCAAACAUAUAGACCAAACCCUUAAACCUGUUUGUCACUCCUCCUUUGCAUGUAUCCUACAGGUUCCCGCAAUAUGCAAUUAAAUGUGCUGUUUUUGGUUUGAUAUACAAUUUUUUAGAGAUGAGGCGAGAAGUAGAAGAUGUUGUGGAGUUGAUGCAGAAUAUACAAUCCCGGUUGACAGUAAAAGAAGCGGCCCAAACAAGCGUGUUGUCCAAGUCUUGGCUACACGCCUGGUCUACCUUCCCCAACCUCAGGUUCGAUGUUGGAAGAGGAAAGAGCAUGAAGUUGGUGGACGUGGAGCGCACUCUGGUAAGGUAUCACCGUGACAACACACCAAUCAAAAAGUUUGACCUUAAGAUCGACAUUGAGAAUCAGGAGUCAGCUUCACAAGCUGAAAAAUGGAUCGGGCAUGUGGCCACCAAAACUUGUCUCAAAGAGAUUUCCCUCUCGCUCUUACUUUGGGGUGCCUCUUUUAGGUUGCCAGAUGAGAUAUUGGCAAGUGAGAAUCUAAACAAGAUAAGAGUUUCAGCACCGAGGAUCCAUCCCAAUUCUGUUUGGAUGACAAUGACGAAUCCUGUGAUCAAGUGUGUGUCAUCCCUACGAGAACUGCACUUGGAAGGCGUGAGCAUAAGUGAAGAGGCACUUCAUCACAUAUUGUUGUCUUGUCGCUUGCUUGAGAAGAUAGAACUUUUACAUUCCUGUGAGGGGUUCAAGACCAUCAAGAUUAAAAACCUUCCUCGUCUUUACGAACUAAACAUAUCUUUCGUUAGUCUAUAUGAAAACUCUACUGCUUUGGAAAUCAGUGAUGUCCCAAAACUUGGUGUGUUUAGCUACUAUCGACUUGAUGUUUUUCAAUCACAUUUUCCUCUUGUAAUUGAGCCAUUAAACUCCCAUUCAAUAUCAAUGCGCAAGGUGAGACGAUUAAUGUUAGGUGAUGUGAUAACGGACAACACGUGUCUGGACAUGAUCAAAUCGGGAUUUCCUUUUCUCGUGAGUUUGACACUUGGGCUGACAUAUUGGAAGUUGGGGACCUUUCAUUUCACAUCUUCUUCCAUCAAGAGAUUGGUGUUGCAUUCGUGCCCACACACCCUUAUCGACUUACAAGUACAUGCUCCAAAAUUAUUAAUUUUCGACUUGAGUGGCGAAACAUUGCCUAGUCUCUCGUUUCCAGUCUCGUCUCUCAAGCAACUCAGGGUUUCACUCGGAAUUGAACGUCUUGUUGAUGCUUCUUUUUUUCUUAAUAUGAGGGAAGCACUCAGCUUAUCACACAAGUGUGACCUUGAUAUACAGUUUAAUUCGCCACUUGACGUCAACAUCGAUAUAGAUGAUCUAAGAACAAGGCUCAUGUUUCCUCCUGCAACGAACGUGCAAGAACUAAGGUUUCAAACGACUGAGGAUGAAUGCAUGUGGGAACAAUCCCCAUUUUUCGAUGCAUUCUUUGAGAUUUGUCAUCCCAAGUGCGUAUAUGCAAAGCCAGAUGAUCACUUCAAUCACAACAAUCACUUUUGCAGACUCAUGCUUAGGGAGGUCUUGGAAAAGAAGACCACCACUACUGGAAUCGUGUAUUGGCCUCAUUACCUAAAACAUGUUCAAAUAAAACAGCCUCUUGAUCAAAAAUGGGAGACCCUAACAAAUUCCCAUAGAAGCUUUCUAGAUGGGUCCACUCCUGAUGUCUAUUUGUACUUCAAUCUAAACUGGUGCUAAGGCUAAUUACUAUUUUUCGUAUUAUACAUACUAUUUGUCGCAGACAUAUCUAGACAUAUAAUUGUGAAUGCUAGUAAUUACUCGAUCCCAUUUAAUCGACCCUAUAUAUUACUACUACA